GGACGUAUCAAAGCCUUAAAAAUGAUAUCUCUGACUCGUUGAAUCAUUUUAUACAACAACAAAAAUUAGAUCCUGACUGUAUAGUUGAACCUAUUAUAGAUAAUAUUGGCAAUAAACUUAUGGGUCUUUUUUGGCAAUCUGAUGAACAAGUUCAGCUAUUAUCAAGUAAAUGUGGUUUACAAUCAUAUCAGAA